UCCUUUCCCUGCUUACACUGAACCCUCCCUCCUCUUCUUGACCCACCUCUCUCUUUCUCUCUCUCUCUUCCCUUUAACUCUCAGUUGCUUUGCCCUUUUCCUGAAAAGAAAACAUAAUGAUCUGAAAAACUAUUUUGCACUCUCUUUCUCUCUCUCUCUCUCUGAAGGUUUUUGUUUUUAUUUUUUGUUAAUUUUUUAACUCAGAGAUCAUCCUCUAUCCCAACUGCAGUCUUUGAAAGAUUUCUUUGCAGACUGUUUUUUCAUGCUCAAAACAGAAGUGAUGCCCAAAAACAAAGAAAUACUAGAAUUUUUUUUUUUUGUGUGUGUGUGUGUGUGUUUGAAAGUAGCUAGCUAGCUAGAUUCUUUUUAUUCUCUUGCUCUUUUCAAUUUCAAUAAUAUUCUUCAUCCCCUUUCUUCUUUAUGCCUCUUUUUCCUUCUUCAAAUCCAUAAAAACCCCCAACCUUUGCUUCUUUUGUUUUUCAAUUUUUUUUAAAUUUUUUUUUUUUGUUUUUUUGUUUUUCUACUCUCUUCCUUAUUAGUCUUUUCUUUCUGAGGGUUCUCUGACACAGCUAGCUAUUUAUGGAAGCCAUGCAACUUCAAAAUCUAGCAAUCUUCUACUUUUGGGUAUUCUUCUAGUUUUCCCCAUCUCCCUCGUUCAUUAUCAAGUUUUACAUCUUUUUUUUUCUUUCUUUUCUCUUACUCGCUCACUCACUCAGAGAGUAAUUUAAAAAAAAAAAAAAAGAAAAAAAAAAAACCUAAAAAGAAACAGAAGAAGAUCAGAACACAAACCCAUCAGUUUUUUUUUUUUUUUUUUGUUUUAAUAAAGACCCUCCAAGAUCCAGUCAAUCAAGAUCUUCAUUUUUAUUUUGCCCUUCCAUGGAUUUAGUUUCAGAGCCAAGCAAACCCAUCAUCUACGACCCGUCAACCAUAACCAACAAUAGUAAUAGUAGCAGUCCCAAUAUCACUGCUUCCUCCACAUCCACUACAAUAUCCUCACCACCAUCAUCAACAACGACAACAACAUCAUCGUCAUCAACUCCAACAACACCGAGCCGCUAUGAGAACCAGAAGCGGCGAGACUGGAACACUUUCUGCCAGUACCUACGCAACCACAGGCCUCCACUCUCCCUCCCGAUGUGCAGCGGUGCUCACGUCCUCGAAUUCCUCCGCUACCUCGAUCAAUUCGGCAAGACCAAAGUCCAUAACCAGACCUGUCCUUUCUUCGGUCUACCCAACCCGCCCGCACCCUGUCCUUGCCCGUUGCGACAAGCUUGGGGCAGCCUCGACGCGCUCAUCGGACGCCUGAGGGCUGCUUACGAAGAGCACGGCGGCAGACCGGAAGCGAAUCCGUUCGGAGCCAGAGCUGUGAGGCUUUAUCUCCGCGAGGUUCGCGAUUUUCAGGCUAAAGCCAGGGGAGUUAGCUAUGAGAAGAAGAGGAAGAGGCCCAAGCCAAAGGUCAUGCCACCACCACCACAGCAGCAGCACCAGCAUCAACAACAUCCUCCCACUGCAGCUACUUAGUUUGGGUGUGAGAAAAGAAAGAAAGAUAUCAAGUGAAACAUCAUCAUCAUCAUCAAUAUGAUUAUCAGUAUUAUCCAUUAUCUGCAUUUGUCGACUCCACCGAUCGAUCCAUCACUCGCUCAUCUGGGGUAUAUUUUUCUUUCUUUCUUUCUCUCUAAUUUCCCCUCUCUAAUUAGUCACCUUGUUAAUUAAGAACCCAACCGAUAUGGUUUAUAUAAUUCGGUGGACUACUAUUUGGAAAGUGCUUUUUUUCUUUUUUCUUUUUUUUUUUUUUUUUGGAAUUUGUUUUUUAAUAUUUUGUGGAUGUCUUCAUAAGACAUAUGAUAUGGUAUAAUAUAAUAUAUAUGAAUACUUUUAAAGCAUUAGAUUUUGAAAAUGGUGUUUUUAGAGGAAAAAAACGGGAUGGCAAUUUAUGGCAGUGGAAGUGUAAGUGUGUAACUACAGCAGGUGGGUAGACUCGUUAGCAGAUAUGAUCAUGAUUGUACUUGAAAACAGCAUUAUAAACAGUAGAUUUUUGUAUAAUAUUUCCUCAUUUUCCCUUA